CCGGCCGCCCGAAGGACCCCGGUCGGUCACGUGCUCCACCAUCUGCGCUCCGGAGAUCUUUUCCUGGUCAGUGUUCGAGCUUCUCUCCCGCCGGUAGCAGUCAUGUUCAUUCCCUGCGGGGAGUCGAUCCCCGACCUAACGAACUUCACACUCCUGAUGCCAGCAGUAUCUGUUGGAAAUGUUGGCCAGCUUGCAAUCGAUCUUAUUAUUUCUACACUGGACAUGUCUAAGAUUGGUUAUUUCUAUACCGAUUGCCUGGUGCCAAUGGUUGGAAACAAUCCUUAUGCAACUGAAGAAGAAGAUUCUGAAGAACUCAGUAUAAAUACUGAAGUAUAUGCAUUACCAUCAAAGAAGCUAGUGGUGCUUCAGUUAAGAUCCAUUUUCAUUAAGUAUAAAUCCAAGUCAUUCUGUGAAAAAUUGCUGGCCUGGGUGAAAAGUAGCUGCUGUGCCAGGAUUAUUGUUCUUUCAAGCAGCCAUUCAUAUCAGCGUAAUGAUAUGCAGCUUCGAAGUACUCCCUUCCGGUACCUGCUUACACCUUCUAUGCAAAAGAGUGUUCAAAAUAAAAUAAAGAGCCUUAACUGGCUAGAAAUGGAAAAAAGUCCAUGCAUUCCUGAAAUCAGUGAUUCUGAAAUUUGUAUUCGAAUUCCUGGAGGUGGAAUCACAAAAACACUCUAUGAUGAAAGCUGUUCUAAAGAGAUCCAAAUGGCAGUUCUGCUAAAGUUUGUUUCAGAAGGGGACAACAUCCCAGAUGCCAUCAGCCUUGUUGAGUAUCUUAAUGAAUGGAUUCAAAUACUCAAACCAUCUAGUGACAGACAUACAUCUGCCUUGCCAUGGAAGAUCCCUAGCUCUUGGCAGCUCCUCUUUGGCAGUGGACUUCCUCCUGCACUGUUUUGAUGGGUUUCCAGCCUUCUCCCUCAUCCCAAAGAGAUCACAAAAUGAACUAUAGAAUGUAUGCUACACAGAAAUUUGUGCUGCCUUGGGGUAUAUUAGAAAUGUCUUUCACAGAAAAGCCUCAAAGAAGAGAGGUUUCAGUUGUUACACGUGAUACAUACAGUAAAUGUAAAUUUUGUACAAUAAAACUUUAUUUCUUAAGCAGAGUA